GCAGCAGCAGAUCUUUGGAGGAGGCAAACACUUCCACACCUACUCCACCUGUUUCUUGAGUGAACCGACACUUCAGGAUGGGAGUUACCGUGGCGGUGUGUGACGAGCCUUCACGCGUCCUUUGAGGCUGAGGAAGGAGGAGGAGAAACCAUGAUUGACCUGAGCUACCUGACGGAGGAGGAGCAAGGGAUGAUAAUGACGGUGCUGAUGAGGGACAUCGAACUGCAGAAAGCCGAGGAGGAGAGAAUCAGGAAACUGGAGAGCAUACCUCACAGUGGCCCGCAGUUCGAGACCGAGCUGAAGUCCAGAACCGGAGAGUGGUUUUAUGAGGCCAAGUCUCGAAGACACAUGGACGAGAUCCACGGCUCGGUGGUCAUCCUGGCCUCCAUGAAACAGAGGAGUGCUAGUUUAGAUAGUUCUCUCACAAAUGAAAGAGCCGAGAAGUCCAGCAGUCGAGGUUCAGACAUCGCCAUUCCACCAAAACCAGCCAGAUAUUCGGAGGCCCUGCAGCCGCAGGAGAUCAACGAUGCAGAAAAAGAGAACCUAAAUUCAGCGGUCCGCUCUCCAAGAAUGCCAAGGCACAACCCUUUCAACGUUCCUUCCCCGAUUGUUGUUAAGCAACCGGAAAAUAAUGAUAACGUGUCAACCAGUCGGGAUCAGGAGUCAUCUAAGACAGGACCCAUAUAUCCACUGAAGAGCCACCCAGCACAGAGCAGUCCGACUUCAGGGGGCUCCCUCACAUCAGAGGGCUCUUCUGUAGGCGUGAGGCCAGUGCCAAAGAAUAGGACAUUUCACUCAAGAUGUACCUCCAUUCAGUCAGAAAGCAGCAGCCCAGCGUCAGACGCUCUGGGACGGAGAGCAGGGGUUGUUCCCACCCCAAGACGGAGCCUAAUGCGAGGGUCCAACUCUAACCAGUCCGACCCGAAGGAACAAGAUGUCAUAUCGCAGAAAAGUGUUGUUUCUGAUCAAGUAUCUCAAUCAGCUCAGCCAUCCAGACCUCAAGAUGGAAACUCCCAGCAGCCACUCUGUGAUGCGUCUCAGCGUUCGUCUCAUUCCAGCCCAAAGAGAGAAUCUUGGAAAUCACCUCUGAGCCCAACAUUGAGUGAUGCGUCCACCGACAGGGAGAUCCCGCAGAGGAGCGAUGAACGAGAGGAUGACGUCGUCCUGCACGCAGCCAGCGUUCAGGAUUCAAGCAGAGCAAACCAAAGCAGUGUGGGUCCAGCAAUGAGGCCGGGUGAUCUGAGUCUGCCCCUAAGCACUGUGGAUCCAGAUCCCCCAAUGUCUUAUGAUCUCAACUUAAUUGAUAAAUCUGAUCAGCAAGCCCAGAAGAAAUCAAAUAAAAGUCCUGAAUUUCAAUUAUCCACUCAGGCCAAAAGUACCACUGGGGAUGAGGAGAACUCCAUCGCGAAGGUGCUGGACUGGUUUAACCGCAGCACAGACAGCCUUGAUUGGCCAAAGACAGAAGAUGGUCCAAAGGCCAAGCAGAGCUUUGAUAAACAUACAGAAAUCAACAAAUCAAAAGGCAAAGGUUCAUUUAGAAAAGAUUCUGGGGUUAUUAUAAGUGACAGAAAGAAUGAACCUCUUAAUAUGAGAACAAAUCCCUUACAAACACAGUCUGAUGAGUUGGGAUCAACAGACACAGACACACAAGAAACCCCAAAAGAGGACGAGGAGAACUCCAGAGAAAUAAUUCACUCGCUGGAAGUUAAAGAUAAUUACGUUGAAAGCCAACCCCCCCAAAUCUCUCAUCUGAAGUCAUUCUGGGAGAAAAGCAACACGGGACAUGAAAUACUUAUCAGCAAAAACAAAAACCUGGUGACGUCUCAGCGGAGAAAACCAAGGACAAUGUAAG